GUGGUAUUGGUGGUAUGUUUGCUGUUAUGGUUUGGUUUCCCUUAACUUAAAAUAAUGUAGAUUAAACAAAAUGUUUAAAGCAAUAAUUCCUAUAUUUUUCAUACAGGCUGCUUUUCUACUAAUAAAAGCAGAACCUACAUUGGAAGACAUUCCGUCAUUACCAUACUGUCCAGAUAAGAAUGGAUCAGGGUUGGUGUUGGUCAGUACUUUAGAUGGAAAUUUAUCUGCGGUAAAUUCAACGGGAUCUUUAAUUUGGCAAAUCCAGACUGGCCCUGGACCAUUACUUACUUCCAAUAUUCAUAAAUUGGAGUUGACCAACAAUGGAGAAUGGAUACGUAUCAUUCCGUCUUUAACUGGUACUUUAUACAAAUUCGAUGGUUCAACGAUAGAUCCCAUACCUAUAACUGCAGAAAGUUUGCUCAAGUCAUCUUUUCGAUACUCUGACGAUCUCGUCAUUGCAGGAGGGAUUGAAGUUAGAACUUACGGCGUUGGAUUUCGGAGUGGUAAAUUGAUUUAUGAAUGUACAUCAGUGAAAUGUUCAAAUACAGACAGUCAAAAUGUUGAUGACAUGCUUCUGAUUGAAAGAACAACUCAUACUAUUCGUGCUGUCGAACCUAAUACGGGAUCUGAAAGAUGGAACUUUAGUGUUGGUCUCCAUAAUAUAAAACUUCCUAGAAUCAGUUGUAUCGAUGGCCAUACCAAAUUAUUUGAUUGGAAUUUAACUGCAGUAUUACCUGAAGGGAAACUUAAAGCAUCGACAAUAUUAAAUAAUGUAGAACAUAGUUGGCAGUACACAUUUACUUCACCCAUAGUAAGAAUUUGGAGAUGGAGUGGCAAAAAUUUGACAGAGGUUAAUCUAUUUGCCCCAAAUAAUAUUCCAAAUCUUAUAAUCUCUUCAUCAUAUUUACCUUCUAUUUACAUCGGAAUGCAUAACAGACAGUUGUACAUUCAUGAAUCGACCAUCAUGCAAGAUAUAUUACAUGGUCAAGCAAAUAAUGAUCUAGCAGUAACUGAAAGUACCAGUAUCACUAAAAUUCCCUGGAAACCGAUUUCUGCCUCUUCAAAAGUGACAGAAGAUGAUUCUACAGCAUUGUCAGUGCUAAAUUUGUCGGAGUAUGCUAAUGAUAAUGGUUAUUAUUUAUACACAGAAGCAGAUCUUCGUAAGAAAGACAAAUUAUUGUGUGAUACUAAUAGCAGCAUUUUAGGGGCUAUAAAUGAAAACGAAGCUAUGGAUGAUAUUGUGGGGUAUUAUUCAAUGUUUUUGUGGUGGAAAGAAUUUUUUCUUAUGAUGAGCACCAUUAUAAUAUGCCAUUUUCUGUUCCGAUUUUGGAUGCAGCAUUAUCACAAGCAGGAGGUUAUAAUAAUAGAGAAACCUGUGGAAGCCCAUAUCACCACAGAAAGACAAUUAUCUGAGAAAGAACCGUUUUCUUCGCCGUAUUUAAAUGACUUUGAAACUAUUCGUUGUAUUGGAAAGGGUGGGUUUGGACUCGUUUUCGAAGUUAAGAAAAAAAUUGAUGAAUGUUCUUAUGCUAUUAAGAGAAUCACUUUACCAAAUGAUCAAAAAGCGAGAAACAGGGUGAUGAGAGAAGUUAAAGCAUUAGCAAAAUUAGACCACAAAAAUAUUGUGCGAUACUUCAAUUCUUGGGUAGAGCAUCCGCCGUUAGGCUGGCAACAGGAACAUGAUAAAAAAUGGCUAAAUUCUUUGUGUGAUUCGUCUUCUAUGUUUUCCGAAGAGAAUACUACAACUGUAGCAACACCAAAUCACACAUAUAAAGCAAAACGAAGUAAAUCUGCCUCCGUUAGCAUUGACAUUCCAAUUAAAAGUUUCGAAGAGAACCCUGUAAAUUUUGAUGAGGACCAUGACAAUGAUAGCGACGAUUCUUAUAUAGUUUUUGAAAAUAACACCCAAAACCAUGAGAACUUUAAUUCUGCGCAUGUUACUUUCAAAGAAGACUAUUGUAAAAGUGUAUCAAAUGAAGCCACAAUUUCUUCCGGAAUUGAAACAACACACAAUCUUUCACCAGUCAUCGGCCAUAUGAAGAAGAAAAUUGAUUGGAAGCGUCCCGGAAGACGACAUCAUUCUUGGGAUUUGACAACAGAAAAUAAUGCUAUUACCAAAAAAUACAACAAGAUCCCUCCAGUUUAUUUGUAUAUCCAGAUGCAGUUAUGUCAAAAAGAAAGUUUAAAAGAAUGGUUGAACACAAAUCAAGAAAGGGACUAUAAUACAGUUUUGAAUAUAUUUUUGCAAAUACUAGAUGCUGUAGAAUAUGUUCAUUUGAGUGGCCUCAUCCAUCGAGAUUUGAAGCCUAGCAACAUUUUUUUCGCUUUGGACGGGCAAAUAAAGGUGGGAGAUUUUGGACUAGUAAAAGACAUGGACGACGCUUUUGACUUGGAAAUGAUAAAAAAGGGCCAUUCACCUGCUUAUCGUGGUCACACAGACAAAGUUGGAACACAGCUGUAUAUGAGCCCUGAGCAGUUUCACAGUCGCAUUUACGAUUAUAAAGUAGACAUUUAUUCAUUGGGAUUAAUAUUUUUUGAGUUGCUAGUUCCUUUUUCUACCGAUAUGGAGAGAAUUAAGAAAUUGUCGGAAGUGAAGGAGAAUAAAUACCCAAAAUAUUUUUCAAAGGAAUAUCCCAACGAGUACAUUCUUCUACAAUGUAUGCUGUGCAAGGACCCAAAUAAACGAUUAACAACUAUCGGCAUCAAAUCAAGACCACCGUUCAACAAAACGGAUCCAAAUUAUAACGAGGAUUCUCAUUACCGUUUGACAAAUUUCCAGAAAAAUUAGUGUUUUAGACUUUUAUUGUUCUCAUAUUUUUAUUUAUAUAUUAGAGUUCAUUUUUAGUGUAUUAUAAUUAGAUCUUUUUUUUUCCAGUGUGGACUGGCUAACUGUGAUUUACAAGCAAUUUAAAUUAUUCACGUUAAGGCAAUGUUCUUUUUUUUUUUGUUAUAAAAUUAUACUGUACCUUUAGGUACUUACUUGUAAGAGAUACCUAUAUGUGAUAGUUGUGAAAUUAGUUUUCACAUUUAUAAGUAUUCGGAAAUAUUGAACGAAUGUAUUUACAUAUAUUUCAAUAUUUUUUACUGAUAGACUAGAUAUUAUUUAAGUU